AUGGUAUGCAGGGCUUGUGGGAAGAACGCUGAUCAUUGGAGUGAAAGCUGUCCAUAUAUAUCUGUUGAAAGGUUUGUUGAUAUACCUCCAAGGCUAGUAGAUGAGCCGUAUCUGAGUUGGAGGAACUAUAAGAAUUCUCUUCGGGUAACCAACCUCUCGGAGGACACAAGCGAGGGUGAUUUGUUUGAGCUUUUCAGUUAUUUUGGUACAGUGGUCAGGGUCUAUGUUGACAUAGAUCAAGAGACUGGCAUUUGUAGAGGCUUUGGCUUUGUUAACUUUGUCAGCAGGGAAGAUUCUCAAAGGGCUAUUAACAAACUCAACGGAUAUGGCUACGAUAGUCUCAUUCUGAGAGUUGAAUGGGCCACCCCUACCUAG